GAAAGAAUCUGUGUAGACAUCAACCGAAAUCAGAAGAAGGAAACAAAUAUCUGCUGAUAACUGUGAUUUUACGCGUGGUAAAUAUUGUCAUUGGGUCCGUGAUAAAAACCAGCGCUACUAUUGACAAACAAAGAGAAGAUUGAGACAAUCCAGGAAGACUGGACCCAGUCGAGACCACACUACAGACUCAGGCUGGAGACUUCUCAAAGAAAGAAGAUGACACAAAUCAUCAGGAUCCCCGCCACGUCCUUUAUACGAUAAAAACACUUUGAAUUUUUGCAAGCAUUAGCAAAGAUACGUAGAUCUCGUUCAAAUACACUUUUCUCUGAUCCCAGUUCGAUAUCAUGGAAAAGAAUAUUGUGUUAAGAUGAUCGUAAGAAACUCUGUGAAUGAAGUGACAGGAAUAUUUGUACAAAAAGCCCGCACUAACAUAUUGUAGAUGAAGAAAGUUAGCGGGAUUCCCGCCUGGAAAUUUCCAUAUGGUAAAAUUACAGGAUGAACAUACCACAAGAUUGUGAGGAAUUCAACGCAAGAAUGAAUCUGCUUUGACAUAUUGUCUUGUGUUUAGUCAAAGUUCAGCAUCGCUUGGAGUAAAGAAACUCGGUAUGUCUUCAAUUGUGACAGGUAUUCUGAGUUCAACAGUUGGUUUAUUAUGGAAUAAGGUCCGAGACUCGACGGCAGACAAAUUCAAAGACGGCGAUGUAACCGAUGCAGAAAUUCGUAAGAUUGUCGUACGAGAGUUAAAUGAUAUCAAGUCUAAAAUCGAUGGCCUUUCCCGAUCAACUUUACUCGCCAGUUAUAAUUUUUUAAAAGAAGGAGUCGAGUUACUCAGUGUUUCUCUUCAUAAAUCAAAUCCCGAGCAGAAAGCGAGCGAAACUCAGGACGAACCAGGUGAACCUUCGAGCGUUAUUCAGUCUGGUAUCUUAAACCAAGCAAUAGAGCUUCCUCGCGCCUUGGAAAAGCUUAAAAUCAACUCGGACAGAGAAUUUGAAACUGCGAGGGAAAGAUUCAAAGAUGCGCGCAAGACAGCAACCACUGCUUUCUGCAAUGAGGCAUUUAGUAUCGAAGAUCGAAUAUUUGCCGCGAAGCUACGAAUAGUUUCAGAAAUACUGGAACAUGUCGAUAGUCCUGAGACUGCAAUCACUGGGUGUUUGACGUUUUUGGAGACCCUUCAUAGCUUACCAGCCAUUCAAGAGAUAUUCUCUGUGUAUUUGAACGGUGGAAUCAAAUCGUUGUUGAAUAAAACCCAACGAGUGGAGAACGUCAAGUCGGUUAUGUUAAUCAACUAUGUGUUGUUUCAAUAUGUUUGGAAAUUCAGCAGCAAGUAUUCGUUUGAAGUGCCCGCCUGCAUGCCAACGAUUGAACUUCCUGAUCGUAGUUUUCACCCAAUAAGAAAUUGGAAGAAAAUUUCAACAAGAAAGUCUAUGGGAGAGGAGUUGCCUCAUCCUUCCUACGAACAGUUCCUUGAUGAAGAAAUAAUACCCUACCGCUCUGCUGUGAACAGUCAGGGGGAUGUUCUUACUGUUCCUGAUACUGGGUCUAGUGACGACAUCAUGAUUAUCCAUGAGGCAGGAAAAAUCAAACGGGUUGAAACACCUGAAUUUGCAGGUUAUUUUUUAGCGUCGCUUGCUGUUGAUAUGAAUAACAAUGUUUACGUGGUGAGAGGACGUUCAGGUGAAGUAUUCAUGUUGACGAUAUUGGACGAGAAUUACAAUGUAAAAGCAAAUCAUACAUUGGAUUUUCUCAAGGACAAAGAUGAGUUCCCUCGAGUUAGAAUCGCGAUAUGCAAAGACGAUAAUAUUAUCGUCAUCAACGACACAGACACUCUUGUGUAUGUUUGUGACAAGACGGGUCAAUUGAAAUACAAGUUUAAACGUGACUCGAGUUGGACAUUUUCAUUGAGUAUUUCCCAGCAGAAUGAAAUCAUGAUACCAGCAGACGAUCGUACGGCGGUUCAAAUAUACACCAAGGAAGGAAAUCUGAAAACAACAAUAAAAGUCCCAGAAGAUCAUGAGGUAUGGAGCGUCGCAUUUCACUACGAAAUUUGUAAAAUAUUGGUUUUAACCUGGGUUUGGGAAAAGGAUUCCUAUUUCAUUCUGCGCUACCUUGAAGCAGACGGGGAGCUGGAGACUCUUACCUUCUUUUGUAAAAAUAAAAAUGAAUAUCCUCCCAAACUGGUAUCCCAUCCCAAGGGGCCUGUUGUUGUUGUAAGAGACAGAAGCAUCACUUACCUUUAAUUAGAUUUAGUAUGAACAAACAUUUCCUCCAUAAAACACAGUAAAUACUUGUCUGAAAUAGUGCAACUUUGAGUUAACUAAAGCAAACAAUAGAUACAGCAUGGUUUAUAUAAUUUGUGAGACUUUGCUGAAUUACGUCCCAUUAAAGUGUUCCUGUUUUUGUUGUAAGAGAGACAAGUGUAACUUAUAUUUAAAUAAUUUAAAUAAUAAUGUUUUUUGACAUUUUCCAACAUGGACAAUAAGCUUUUAAUGACAUUUAAAAGUGUAUGAAUCUUAUUUCAUAUGAUAUAAUAUAGUGAAAACUUUCUUUGCCUUGUAAUAGAUGAUCAGGUU